CGAGGAAUGCUAACAAUGUAGCGAAUGUCCCGACUGCGCCCCGCACUGCGCCCGGGACGGCCGAAGCGGACGGAGAUGGAGAGCGGCCCGCGCCGUCGGGGCCGCCGCCGCAGCGCCGCGUGACGGAGCCGGGAGGGCGCCCCGAGGAGACGCCGUCGGUCUGUGAAAUGAUGACUCCAGAGAUUUUCUGUUGGAGAUGUGAAGAUCGUGAGCUGAAGUAAAAUGCUGGCAGAAACCUUUUGAGGAUUUUGCCAUUUUUCUUUUUCCCUUUUGAAGGAUCUGUGUUUACAAGAAAUUGAUACCAUUAAGCGACACUUUUUAGAAAUAAAAUAACUAAAAAAAAAACCUCCCCAAGAAUAAAGCUGUAUUUAUGCUCAGAGAAAACUGGAUUAACAAUGAGGCCAAAGACUUUUCCUGCUACGACAUAUUCUGGAAACAGCAGACAAAGGUUACAAGAGAUUCGAGAAGGUUUAAAGCAGCCAUCCAAAUCUUCAGGUCAGGGACUACCGAUUGGACCAGGCAGUGAAACUUCUCUGGACCCUAAGAUUUUAGUAGGGAAGGAUGCUACAAGGCAGCAGCAGAUGAGACAAACGGCAAAGUUUGGACCUUAUCAGAAAGCUCUGCGAGAAAUUAGGUAUUCUUUGCUACCUUUUGCUAACGAGUCGAGCAAUACAGCAACUGUUGAAGUGAAUAGGCAGAUGCUCCAGGAGCUGGUGAAUGCAGGUUGUGAUCAGGAAAUGGCCGUGCGGGCGCUGAAGCAGACAGGUAGCAGAAGUAUUGAAGCAGCUCUGGAAUACAUCAGUAAGAUGGGCUACUUGGAUCCUAGAAAUGAGCAGAUAGUACGUGUAAUUAAGCAGACCUCACCAGGAAAGGGUAUUGUGCCAAAUAACGUAACUCGCAGGCCAAGCUUCGAAGGAUCGAGUGAAUCUUUUCCAUCCUACCAUCAGAUCAGUAAUGCAGCCUAUGAAGGGACAGGCUUUGCAGCAGAAGGUGCAAAUAUGCUAACUGAAGUUCCACGGCCAUACAUGGACUAUUUAAUCUCUGCUUCACAGUCUGCUGCUAUGAAUGCGCCUGUACAGCGACCCUCUGGCGUAGGCACUCACAGCACUCCAACAAGCCAUCAGCAGAAAACAUACCCUGCAAAUAUUGAGUCUUCUGUGAUUAAUUAUCCCGUGUCUAAUCACAGCAGCCCAGCCUUGCAGCUGCAGGCCUCCCAUGGCUCCAACAGCCAGCAUUACAGUAGGCAGCACAUGAUGGUGCAGGGGGAGCCCAUGGGAUAUGGUGUUCAGAGGAGUCCAUCCUUUCAAAACAAGAUGCAGCAGGAGGGAGGUUAUGCCAAUCUCCCAAAUAAAGGGGCAGUUGUUCAAAAUAACACCAGUCAUGCAUUUCAGCAGGCACCGGCAAGCCUGUAUAUGUCACAUUCUCAUCACAAACAGACAAGUCCUCCCUCCCAUCAAAUGCACGUGAUAUCCAGAGGUCCAGCGUUUGGUAAUGAUUUUGCAGACAGCCCACCACAAAAUCUAUUAACUCCAUCUAGAAAUAGUCUGAACAUGGACCUCUAUGACAUGAAUAAUCCUCAAGUUCAGCAGUGGCAGGCAGCAGCGCCUUCACGGCGAGAUUCUUUACAAAACCCAGGAAUAGAAUCAUCUCCACGGCAACACGUGUCCUUCAGACCUGAUGCCUCGGUGCCAAGCAGAACAAACUCCUUUAACAACCAUCAGCAACAACCACAAGUGACCGUGUCUAUGAGACAGGUUCCUCCAGGAAAACCCGAUCCUUCAAUUACAUCUCCAAAUACAAUCACAGCGGUCACAUCUGCUCAUAUUCUCCAGCCAGUGAAGAGCAUGCGAGUGAUGAGACCCGAGCCUCAGACUGCAGUGGGACCUUCCCAUCCUAGUUGGUUACCUGCCCAGGCGCCGGCCGUGGAUGGACUAGAGAUCAUUGAACAGCACGUUCCAGCUGUUGGAGCGGCCAACGCCUAUCAAUUAGAUGUGGAUUAUGGUAACCAGGAGCUGCGGUGUCCACCACCACCGUAUCCCAAGCAUUUGUUAAUUCCCGGCAGCUCCGAGCAGUUUGAUAUCAAUUGCUUAUGCAUGGGUGUGGAGCAGACCCUCCGUGUAGUCCCCAGUGCGACGUGCAAUAAGGCUGAGGAGAACAGUGAGAGAAACGACAAAAACAGCAAGAACACUAAAGCUGAAAAGCCAAGCAAGGAUAAAAAGCAGAUCCAGACAUCUCCAGUGCCUGUGCGAAAAAAUGGCAAAGAUGAGGAAAAGCGAGAAUCCCGAAUAAAGAGCUACUCACCAUUUGCUUUCAAGUUCUACAUGGAGCAACACGUAGAAAAUGUCAUAAAGACCUACCAGCAGAAAAUUAACAGAAGAUUACAAUUGGAGCAAGAAAUGGCUAAAGCAGGCCUUUGCGAAGCAGAACAGGAACAAAUGAGGAAAAUUCUCUACCAGAAGGAGUCCAACUACAACAGGCUUAAAAGGGCCAAAAUGGACAAAUCUAUGUUUGUGAAGAUCAAGACACUGGGCAUUGGUGCCUUUGGAGAAGUAUGCCUGGCCUGCAAAGUGGAUACUCAUGCCCUGUAUGCCAUGAAAACUCUGCGUAAGAAGGAUGUACUGAACCGGAACCAGGUGGCUCAUGUCAAAGCAGAAAGGGACAUUCUUGCUGAGGCAGACAACGAGUGGGUGGUUAAACUCUAUUAUUCCUUCCAAGAUAAAGAGAACUUGUACUUUGUAAUGGACUACAUCCCUGGUGGGGAUAUGAUGAGUCUGCUGAUUCGGAUGGAGGUCUUUCCAGAGCGUCUUGCUAGAUUUUAUAUUGCAGAGCUCACUUUGGCUAUUGAGAGCGUGCACAAAAUGGGUUUUAUUCAUAGAGACAUCAAGCCUGACAACAUUCUGAUCGACCUCGAUGGGCAUAUCAAACUGACCGACUUCGGACUGUGUACGGGAUUCAGGUGGACUCACAAUUCAAAAUACUACCAGAAAGGGAGUCACAUCAGACAGGACAGCAUGGAGCCCAGUGAUCUUUGGGAUGAUGUGUCCAAUUGUAGAUGUGGAGAUAGGCUGAAGACAUUGGAACAAAGAGCUAAGAAGCAACAUCAGAGAUGUCUAGCCCACUCAUUAGUCGGAACCCCUAAUUACAUUGCUCCUGAAGUCCUGCUUCGUAAAGGAUACACCCAGCUCUGUGACUGGUGGAGUGUUGGUGUGAUCCUCUUUGAGAUGUUAGUGGGACAGCCUCCUUUUCUGGCUCCUACACCCACAGAAACCCAACUGAAGGUGAUAAAUUGGGAAAGCACACUGCACAUCCCCACACAGAUCAAGCUAAGCCCUGAAGCAACGGAUCUCAUCACAAAGUUGUGCUGUGCAGCUGAGGACAGGCUUGGAAGAAAUGGAGCAGAUGAUAUUAAGGCCCAUUCUUUCUUUCACUCUAUGGACUUCUCUGCCGAUAUCCGUAGGCAGCCUGCUCCCUAUGUUCCAAAGAUCAGCCAUCCAAUGGACACUUCAAAUUUUGAUCCAGUUGAAGAGGAAAGCCCUUGGAACGAUGCUAGUGGUGACAGCACCAGGACGUGGGAUCCAUUGGCUUCUUCCAACAGCAAGCACACCGAGCAUGCCUUCUAUGAGUUCACUUUCCGAAGGUUCUUCGAUGACAACGGCUAUCCAUUCAGGUAUCCCAAACCUUCCGGGAUGGAAGUUGGCCAGUCUGAGAAAUCCAGCGUAGAGGACAAAGACAUGGUGGAUCAGACUGGAGCUUGUCAACCUGUAUAUGUGUAAAUUAUUGUAUAGAGUACUCCAGGUAAGACUAAUCUCAAAUCCAGUUGGGCCUUUAACUGAUCCUUUGGGAGCUGAUCCUGCAGUGCUUGUUCAUGUCUAACAUCAGAUGAAGCUGAAGUCAUCCUGGGGAGUCAGAAACUUGCAAGGCCAGGUCCUAAAAACGGCACUCUUGGAAGUUCAGGUCAGUUUUACUGUAAAUAGCUUUGUUGAUGAUUACACUUGAAGUCCUGGUCUUCACCAAAAUCUGCAAGGCCAGAAGUCUAUCAUUUCUAGGCCUGUUGUUAUUUGAGGUCAGCACCCCCCUACUCAGAUAAAUUUACAGAUUUCUGCAUCUGUCAGCAUUAUUUUUUAAAUGAAUAAAGAGCACUUAUAUUUUGUUUA